AAGAUUUGAAGUGGAGGCGGCGAGCAUAAACACCUAAGAGUGGAUUCACAAACCCCGAGUUUAUUUUGGUUUCUUUUUCUUAUGACGUCGUUUAAAAAGACUAGAGAAUAUUUGGUUGGGUCAUACAUGAGUGAUAUCAUUUCCGAUGAAGAAUUUGUGCUCUUGUACGACAGUAGUUUUUCGAGAAACUUAGAAUUGCCAUAUGAAGAUUAUGGAGCUCGAUGAAAUGCCAAAUUCGGAAUGUCAAGCAGAGUUCAGGGUAGAUAAAGGCGACUUGCCUAGGUUGGCAGAGAGUUUACAAAUACCUGACACUUUUGUGUGCAAUCAGGGUUCUGUCAGUGAAGGCAUGGAAGGCCUUUGCAUGUUGCUUAGAAGAUUAUCUUACCUAUGUAGAUACUCACAUAUGAUCCCAAGGUUCGGUAGACCAGUGCCUGUACUGAGCAUGGUAACAAACCAAGUUCUCGAUUUUAUUUACGACACACAUGGACAUCGAGUCCUAGAGUGGAAUCAUGACCUUCUUGGACCAUUUCAGCUUCAAACUUAUGCAGACGUUGUGCAUGCCAAAGGUGCUGCACUUGAUAACUGCUUUGGCUUUGUUGAUGGCACUGUGAGGCCCAUUGCAAGACAAGAUCAUGUGCAAAGAGUGGUAUACAAUGGGCACAAGAGAGUGCAUGCCCUCAAAGUCCAAUCUGUGGCCUUGGGAUAAUUGCACACAUGUAUGGGCCUGUUGGUUUGGCAAAUUUGGAAGCUUCUUUGUCGUUCUUGCAUGUUCCUCUUCCGCCGGAAACCACUGUCAGGCCAUCCUUCGAUCAGCGCCACUGUCAAUAACGUUCUUGAAAAAACUCGAGUUGAAAGUGUCAAGGAUGCUCUCUACUAGCAAGUAAAGUGCUUACCAUGCCAUCUACACACAGCACGCUGUCAACACUUGACCCUCGGCGCUCAAGAGAAACACGAGGGCAGAACGAACUUGUGAGUAUUUGGCAAACGGUAGAAUUGUGGGCAGAGUACAAAAUGACGCGUGCUAUCUCUACUUCCGGUUUCAUCAUCAUCGUUGCCUUGACGGUCGUACUCUCAACACCAGCGGAAUCAAUCAAGUGCUACGGAUGUCUAUCAAACUCCACGACAUCAUGUCACACAAGCGUUAUCGACUGCCCCGGACAUCACGAUGCCUGUCACGCCAUCCACUUUACCCUGUCACGCCCUGGUUUCUCCGUCGGUAUUUACCACAAACAGUGCUCCUUCCUGGACUUCUGCCCAAGCCUUUGCCAAAGAUACAACCAAACAGGGGCCGUGAGCGCCUGCGAGGUCGAGUGUUGCGUGACAGACUUAUGUAACGCAAGGUUUGGUCCUACUAAUGACGCUGUGAUGUUUGAUGGGGAUAGCUCAGACUCUAAGUUCGCUUCGCCUCGCUGGUACACAGUGGCCCUGCUCGCAUUGGUGGCUAGAUGUGGCGCAGAUUUGCUGGGUUUCUUGGCCUCUCUAUAUGGCGAACAGUGAAGAACUCAAAUGUUACUCCCCCUUUUUUAUCUAUCAUGUGGACAUCAAGUGGGUGUCCAAGACUGGUCUCCGACAUCAAGUGGGUGUCCAAGACUGGUCUCCGACAUCAAGUGGGUGUCCAAGACUGGUCUCCGACAUCAAGUGGGUGUCCAAGACUGGUCUCCGACAUCAAGUGGGUGUCCAAGACUGGUCUCCGACAUCAAGUGGGUGUCCAAGACUGGUCUCCGACAUCAAGUGGGUGUCCAAGACUGGUCUCCGACAUCAAGUGGGUGUCCAAGACUAGUCUCCCACAUCAAGUACGCUGGGUGUCCAAGACUUGUCUCCCUCUACCUAGAUGUGGUUUUGCAAAAAGAACUUUGGAACUCCUGCGUCUCCUGGGGAUUUUUAUUUAAUAAUAAAUAUUGCAAGAGAAUAUUGUAGAAAAGGUGUUUUGCUCGGGAAAUCACAUGCACGGCGUAUAAACAUAAAAGUACAGGUAUAAUGUGGUGAGGGUUUUCCGAUAUUUCGUUCCUGCUGUUACAUCUGUAUAUCUAUAUAUGAAUUAAUAAAUUCAUCAUGUAGA